AUGACAACUUCUGAAUUGCGCCGACGCCUUGAGGAGCUAAGGAGAGGCGACCUCAGCGUUGAUGACCUGCUGAAAUACCUGCGGGAUUAUCCCUAUGAAGAUCUUGAUUUCGCCAAGAUCGAUCAUCACCGUCCGCUGCGAACCGGAUUCCCGGAAGUGGUGCUUGGGCGUGGUAAGUCACCACAACAAAUAGCCAGUAUUGUCCAGUCCCUGGCCGGCCGGGGAUCUCCGGUUCUGGUCACCAAGGCCGAUCAAGAAUCCUUUAAUGCAGUAGCCGGUGUGAUGCCAGCGGCCAUCUACCAUAGUCUGGCAGGAGCCAUAGAGGUUCCUGGAGAAAACCCGUUGACAGUGCGCGAAGGUGUAACGGUAGUUACGGGGGGAACAGCCGACUUGCCGGUUGCCGAAGAAGCAGCGUUGACGGCAAGAUUGAUGGGUAGUCCUCCCGAGAGAAUCAACGAUGUGGGUGUCGCGGGGUUGCAUCGGCUUCUUGCUUCAAUGGACCGAUUGCGCGAAGCACGGGUAAUAGUAGUGGUGGCUGGCAUGGAGGCAGCAUUGGCCAGCGUGGUUGCGGGCCUGGUAUCAGCCCCUGUGGUAGCUGUACCAACCAGUGUGGGUUACGGGGCCAGUUAUGAAGGUCUUUCAGCGUUGCUCGGCAUGCUGAACAGUUGUGCUCCAGGGGUAGCUACGGUAAACAUUGAUAACGGAUUUGGCGCCGGAUACCUGGCAGCCCAAAUAAACAAAAUGGGCAAAUAG